AUGUCGAGCAGACUUGGCAGCUUUCUGCGAUGUCCCCUGCUUGGUGUCUUGCUGCUAAUGUGCCUGUUUAUGAUCUUAUGCCUGCUCAUGUAUGACAGCUCAUCCAUCAGCUAUUUCACACACCACUUUGGACCAAUCAGACCAGAGCAAAGAGAGGUACUGAUUCUCAUCUGGCUGUGGCCUUUUAACCAGUCUUUUGACCUAGACAUCUGCAAGUCGCAGUUCAACAUAGACGGCUGUCACCUGACUGUUGAUCACGAGUUAUACAGCAAAGCUGACAGCGUGCUAAUUCAUCACCGAGACAUUAACUGGGACUCGUCCAAUUUGCCCAAAUCACCUCGCCCUCUUCACCAGAAAUGGAUUUGGAUGAAUUUAGAGUCGCCAUCAAACUCACCUCAAAUCCCUGGUCUAGAUAACCUAUUUAACGUGUCGCUCAGUUACAGGCAAGAUGCGGACAUCAGAAUGCCAUAUGGAUGGGUUGUUCCAACCAAUCAGAAGUUGAGAGACUUCAUUCCUCCAAAGAAGGACAAAAUGGUCUGUUGGAUUGUCAGUAACUUUCAGUUUCACCAUCGGAGGGCAAGGUACUACGGCGAGCUCCAGAGGUACCUGGAAAUCCAAACUUUUGGUGGCUCCUUCAACCAGCCUGUUUCGGAGGAAAGUUAUCGAGAAAUCAUAGCUAGCUGUAGAUUUUACCUUUCUUUUGAGAAUUCGGAGCACAACGAUUACAUCACCGAGAAACUCUACAACGCUCUACAGUUUGGUGCAGUGCCCAUAGUGCUUGGCCCAUCUAGAAAGAACUAUGAGCGUUUCAUCCCCCGAGACGCAUUUAUCCAUGUGGAUGACUUUCCCUCUGUGAGAGCUCUAGCGAAGUAUCUUCUUCUUUUAAGCAGACAUGAGGCACUGUACAGCCGGUACUUCAACUGGAGGCGAUAUUUUGAAGUGAAAAUCAGCUCUUUCCCAGCAGAGCAUGCUUGCUACAGCUGUGAUUACAUCAGGCAACACAAAGAGUAUCAAGUGCUCACGAAUCUUUACCGGUGGUACUGGGGUGUGAGUGAGGGAUUAAAGGAGCCAUGGGAUAUGUCCUAAAACUCCCUUAAACCCGUCAGACUUUAAUCUGCAUACAUUUUGUAAUUUACUGAUUGGUCACACCCAAGUUUGACCCUUACAAGCAGUUUUAUAAAGCCUAAGAAUAUAUAAACUUGAAUAUAACAUAUACUGUAGCUUCACCAUAAAGUCAUUUUUUAUAUAAUUGAUGUAUACAUAACAAUUAAGUCCUACUGAAAAAGAAUUUACACCAUUGAUCAUGCACAGUUCUGGGUAGUAACAGAUUACAUGUAAUCUAGAUUUUGUAAUAAGAUUAAGUAAUUGUAAUUAGAUUAAAUUACAUUUUAAAGUACUUGUAAUCAGAUUAAAGUUACUUUAUUAUGGAUUACAUGAUUACAUAUUAAUCAGGCAAAGGCAGUAAAUUGUUCAUAAUUUGUUGAUCAUUUUCAUUAUAAGUCCGAUAUUUCUUGAAUUCUUAAUUUAAGUCUGGAAUUGCACACACAGACCUGAUACUAGCCGCCAGCUAUAAACAAACUGAAGAUGAAUGGUAAUCCACACAUAAAUGCCAGUCUGAUUGCAUAGUGCGGUAAAGUUAGUUAUAUUUCAGCAAAUUGCUUUUGUACUUGGCUUCAAAUAUGUACAUGAAUGCUCUUUGCUUUUAUGACAACUUUAUUUUUUAUUUUUUGUGAAAUAUAAACGUUCUUAUCUGUUAACACACAUGGAUGGCAUUUGUAAUGCCAAAAUUGCUGGAGAAAGAACAUUUAAGUGCCUUUACUUCACUCAGAAAAAGACAACACACACACACACACACACACAAGCACAAAACAUAUCAAUUAUCAUAUUUGAUAAAUUUUUUAAGUUUUCUUAAAUGCAUUUAAGCAAUAUUGUCUAAAUGGUACAGUCUUAUCUCAAAUGCAUGCGAUAUUGAAUAAACAAGAAUUAGGACAGAAGUAAUUCAAGAGUAAUCCAAAAGCAACUGCACUGAUCAUGCACAAUAAGACCAGGAAAGUGUAUUCAUAUAUUAAAUAGGGUCAAUAUACAUUUAUAGUUGUUAAAAAAAAAAAAAAAUGAGGUGAAUUUAGAUUUAGGUUAGAAUUUAAUAGUUUUAAUAGUGCAAAGUUUUGCUGUAACUGGUCAUUUCUCUUAAGUUUUCCUGCUCUUAAAUACUUAAAUGUACUUAAGGCACAUCAUGCGGUGUGACAAAUGAAUUUUUAAAAGUCCCAGUGAAAAUAUUAUAUAUAGUCUCUCGAUUAACGAGGUCAUGAAAACUGCAUGUAUAAUAAUUAUUAAAUUCUUAUAAAGUCACAUCAACUACCCAUUUUCAGAUCAACAAUUCCUGGCAAUAACAACAGGAGCUGUUUAGGGCAGAAAAAGAUGGUAAAAAGUACAAUGGUACUACUACCAAUGUUUUUUUUAAAUUAAAAAAAACAUUUUUUGUUUUUCUUAGAGCUGGUACCAUGGCAAAACCAUGAUAUCAUUAUUAUUAGUUGUAGUAGUACUAUUAAUACUAUUAUUAUUAUUAGGGAGUUAAUUCAACUUCAGGCACUUUCAUGUCCCAGGUGUUGAUUUUUAUUAAAAUGAACAGAUUUCUUGUUCCCUUUUGUUCCUUUCUGCAAACUUGAUUCAUUUUUGUUAUAUGAAGGUGUCAUUUAAACUGAAUUGCAAACAUGUUACCAGGCCUUCAUCAUUUAUUUUUGCUACUUUUGAAGUGCUUUUUAUAUUUUGAUUUUACUGUUAGCCCAACCCAGACUUUUAAUAUUAAACAAUUUUUAAAAAUCUGUUAUAAAAAUACAAAUUAUUAUGUGUUUAAAACUAAGAUAAUCUAAACAAAAAGUGAAAUAAACAUAAACCAUGUCAA